CAACACCAGUGAUGAAUAUGCACAUGAUGCAUCCUCAGGUGGAUGUUUCGACCCAGGUUGAUCUCCACAGCACCAGUAUACACGAUUGGAAUCGUCGGGCAACCCCUCUCUAUUCCAGAGAGGACAUAAAAGAGCAGUAUUGCAUAACAAGUAGACAAUUGGAUGCUGUUGAAAAAUCUAGUAGCGGUAUAUUUGGUUGUCUAUCGACAAAAGGACCAUCACCAUGUACAGCGACACGGGUAUCGAUACUAUCAGCAUGUGUCAGAAGUGCAUCGAGCGAUGAGAACAUAUGCGAUGCACCAUAUCCAAGAAAGCCAUUUCAAAUACUAUAUCAACAGCCUUAUCCAAGUUAUCAUCGUGGUAUAACGAGAUACGAUCUUGAUGAUGAGGAGUGGGUUGAGAGUUCCUACUUUAGACGUCGUCCUACAUCCUUCUGCUCCAUUCAGGAUCCAAAAAGAUACACAUGGCUCCCCGAGGACGAGGAAGCAAUGAGACUUGAGGGACCUAGAUCGCUGCUGCAGUCUAGCGUGCCAUCACGACGUGGCAGUAUCCAUAAGCCGAAACAUGUCAGUUUCGCUCGUUCUCAUACACUAACAUCCUUCGAUGUGGCUCCAAUAAGUAAGAGCCCACCAAGAGCUCAGAAUCCUGAACGACUGAUAGACUCUCAACCGACACUCCAAGCGACUCUCCCCCCAGUGCCUACGCCGUACACCCUGCCAGAACCGAAGAUUCUGGUUUUAGACUCUCCUGGUAGACGAGGGGUGAUGAAAGCACAAGCAACUCAAACCGAUCUCCCAGACUCUCGUAGACCACCACCUCUGACCCUGAGCCCUCGAACGAUACAACGAGUGAAAAUGGUGUCGCAGGGUGCACAGACGAACGGCAUCAUCAAUGGCCGGAAGUUGACGAAAAGCUACUCCGAAGCGGGACAAUUUGGUGGGCCCUUGGGCGAGGAAAAAACAGAGCACGAGCCACUUCAGCGGACUCAGAGUGAAGAGCCUCCAAGGUCUCCAUUCUUAGUGGAUACACCCCCUGCAUCACCAAGACCCGAGCGACUUAACGAGCAUCUAUUGAACGGAGACAUCGAAAGAAUCAGAGAUAAGUACCGAGAGGAGGAUGAGGAGAUACUGAUUGACUUCAAACCGGCCCCAGUAUCACCCGACGCUCGUGCCAUGCUACAACAAAUGCCGGUGAUCUACAUGCGACCUGUAAGACUCAUUAAAACACUAUCCGACGGUGAGAUUAGAGUUGAGAGGAGAGAACUUAUUGACGAGGCUGGAGCACCGAGUUAUCCUCACACAUGUAGAAGGAAUUAUCACGAUCCAUGGAGUAGGUCAACGAGAUCACCCGUCCAAUUCUCAUCAACACCUGACGAUCUAUCGUUGCUGAGAACUGCAUCGCCGCACGAUGAUCAUCGUGAGGAGGAGUUCCACGAGAAUAUUAUCCGGAGAGGUUUAUUCCGCAAGCGUAGUAUCUCCCUGGAGGAUGGUGUCCAGGAUUUGCAUUCCAGUGAUUUCAGUCUUUCACGAUCGUUGCCCAUAUCACCGACAUCCCCAACUGCCACUCCAGCUCGUAGAGUGACGGAGAGUCCGAGGUAUGGAAUUCAGCGCCCUAAUUUCUUGAGAACGUGUCCAAUAGUGGGAACUGUGUCGUCACCAUUCGCUUCUAGCGAUUCGCUGACGAAUGACGUUACAAAGGACCACAGUGAUGGAAUUUGGAACGAAUCCCAAGCGACUGUUCUGCAGGCUGACUGUUUAGCAUUAUUGACACCGUCUUCGAGGAGGAGACAUUUGCUCUUGUUGCAGCAUCAGCAGAGAUCGUCCAUGGAUACGGAAGCGCUUGAUGUUGAGGACGAGUUGGAGUUGUCUCCACCGAGCCCUAGGAUACGGCUGCAAGCGGCGACACCGAUCAUCCUCACACCCAGGUAAGAGAACCUUCAACUUUUCCAUCUGAAGUCGUUCAAUGACUUUGAUGAUGGGCUCUCUAGUGAUCCUCCGCUACUGAUGACCAACGGGAGACCCAGAAGUGGCCUCUUACGUCGCAGCCCCGGUCCUCCGUACUCUCAACCUCAGUCGCAAUCAUCAAGCGAAAUCGCUCUCAGUCUAGGGCGAACCGAUUCCGGGAGAACACUCGCCGGUGAUUUGUCCGAGGCCUCAACAACCGAAGACUACGUCACUGCCAACACCUCCACUGGCACUGGAAAUACAACUGGUACAUCAGCAACCACAAGUUCAUGGUCGAGACCAGGUCUUCAUCACUCAUCCAGUGCAGCGCCCUCAGGACCCACCUCCACCACUGCCACAGCUGCCGACGGUAGCUCAUUCGAAAGCGCCAGUUCAAUUUACAGUUUGGCAAGGAGUGAGGCGGUCGUAGAGGAGCCAACGAGUCCCAAGGCAAUUGUCGAAGAGAUGGAAGUGCCAUUCGAUCUGAGUGAUGUAGUGCCACCUUCGCCCGCAAGAUCGACGAGCAGCAGUAGUUCCGGAAGUUACGACCUUGAUGAUGCAAUGCCAGAGCCACCGAAUGAGGCUUAUCAAACGGCGCCAUUGAGUGGUCACACGUCGGACGUUGAACUUGAGCAGGACGAUUAUCGUAAACGCCUGUUGGAUCAUCGUCGUUCAUCGUCGGGGGGUUAUAUAGAAUCACCACCAGAUCCCCCCGGGUGGACCGAUGAGGAGCGCCGAAAACGACGGAAGACCUUCACACUUGACUUCCAAGACAUCAUGGACCUCGAUCACAAUCACCCAGACAAGUCUGAGGGCUUUAUAGACAGUGCUGAUGUCAGUCCUACGCCGUCUCAUCGUCACAGGCCGAGGGGGAAGAACAGCACAAACAGGGGACAGUACAGGAACAACAGAAGACGCGACUCGGCGCAGUCAACCUUGUCCACCCUCUCCAGAAGUCCUCAGAAGGAAGAUUGGCCACGAGAUCCUAUUGGUGAGCCAGCGCAGAUCCCUACGUCUGACGAUUCAAGCUGUAGUCAUCAUUACCAUAUGCAUCAUCAUCACCACGGCCACCACCUUCAUCGAGACAAUCCGGAGGGCAGACAUCGGAGGACGAGGGAGAGCCCUCGGAGGAAGACUGGGGGUUACAAUACUUCAAGACGAAGGAGUAACGAGGUGAGUGAUAAGAAUGCCGCGAUAACCGGCAGCCUCCCCAGAAGACGAACGCGUCUUCCCGACGACAUCUGCUCAAGCCGUCUAAGCCCCGGUGGUAGGUAUCAUCGAGGUCACAAUGGCCACACGGCAAUUCUCAUAAAGUCUCCAAGUCCCGAAGUCCGUCUGAAAGCCCUCUCCGCCGAGUCCCUACGCUCGGUCUCCCCCGGUAGUGACAGUGUAUUCUACAGCGAAGGGGCUGAUCAAUCUUGCCUGACUGCUCACGAUUCUCAUCACUGCCAUAAUUGCGGAAAAGAGGUGACGGAGGAAAUUGUUCAGCCACCGGCGGGUUUUGCCGACUCACCCGAAGGGCCGAGAACUGGUGCAGUAUCAAAACACGUUAGUCACAGAUUGUACAAGAAAUUUGACAAGAGGUACAGAUCGGAGGAUCGCGCGGAAAGAAGGUAUCAUCGAAGUAAUGGGCGUACUGAUGUGCGAGCUAAAUCUGAGGAGCGAGGUGGCAGAUCAUCGAGUAGGGGAUCCAUUGAAGACGGAAUAAGAAGACGACUUCAGGCUAGAAGCACUGAUGUCAGUAUGGAGACCCUAGCAUACCGUGAGGACGAGGACUCAUACGUCGAGCCCUACACGGGUAACGAGUGGAUUUACAUCGGCGAAUUGGAGGAGAGUCACGUGUGGAAGCGUCCGGACAGUCGAGACGGUGACGACGAGUCCUCAGAGGGCCCCAUCAAAGAUCGCCGGGGCUCACAGGGCUCAACGGAGAGCGAAAAGGGCUUUCAAAAAAAGUAUCAGGCAGCCACACACCGAAUGGUCCACCGAAAAAGCAGCGGAGAAAUGUACAAACGUAUACAGAGCAAAAGUUUCGAGAGCGAUAAAACGGUGAUAGUGAAGCGUGAAGCUGGUGGUGAAUUUGGCUUCAGAAUUCAUGGAUCAAAACCCGUUGUUGUAUCAGCUAUCGAGCCUGAUACACCAGCCGAAUCAUCUGGCCUAGAAGUCGGUGAUAUCAUAAUGUCUGUUAAUGGAAGAAGUGUGAUGGAUGCAACACACUCUGAGGUUGUUAGACUGGCACACUCUGGGCCUGAUGUAUUGGAGUUGGAGGUCGCCAGGACGUGUAAUGUACUUGCACCCAGGGUUACUAGAGGACCAAAGGAGACUGUUGAGACACCACUGUGCUCCGGUUAUUUAUGGAGAAAAGCGACAACUGUUAAUUCAAGUGGAAGUAGUUCGGACAAAUGGGUGCGCAGAUGGUUCGCGUUACGACGAGAUAACUGCCUUUAUUACUACAAGACAGAUACGGACUCCCAACCGGUCGGUGCUGUCAUGCUCUUAAAAUACGAGGUCGAAACAACACCGGAUGUCAAGCCUCACAGUUUUGUCAUCAGAAAACAAGGCGCACCGUCCCAUCAUCUAGCAGCGGAUAACGAGGACUCGAUGCAAAAAUGGAUAACAGUCAUACGUGAUGCUGUGCAGAGAAAUAACCAGGCGGAUACGUGGUUGGACGCCUCGUUGAGAAUGCAGCAGAUGCCGGCCAAUGCUAUUCAGCGACCCGAUUGCUUUGGUUAUCUCAGUAAACAACAGGAUCGUGCUAGGAAAACAUCAUCGCCAACGGGAUGGUCAAGGCGCUAUUGUGUCCUGAAGGAUGCUGCCCUGUAUUUUUACGACGAUGCCAAUGCCGAAAAGGCAUUUGGGGUUGCUUGUCUUCACGGAUUUAGGGUUCACGGUUCGGCCCCCAAUUCUGGGGGACGAAAACAUGCGUUUGAAUUGCAACCACCUGAUCCCACUCAACGAAGCUACACUUUUGCUGCUGACAGUGAAAUGGAGAAGAAGAGGUGGUUAGCAGCGCUUGAGUACUCGAUCGACCGUUGGAUAAAGGUCGGCUGACGCGUUUGCCAUCAAAUCGCCCAAGAAUAACGCAAUGUUCAACAACGCUCAUCGAAUGUAAAAUAAAAAUAAAAAAGAAAAUAUUGGAAGAUGAUAGCCUACACCAGUCGGUUCCUACAGCGCGAAAAAGUAAUAAUUAAAUAACUUCUCACAGACAAAAAUUUUCAGGGUCCUGAGUCGAUUCCACAUAUUUACGAAAAAAUUUCAUGGGAAAAGCUAUUGAAUGCAUUAGAGAAUUCUAUUGGAUUUUUUAUUUGAUUUUUUUAAUGGAAAGAAAAGAAAAAUAGACUGCAGAUUUUGUCUUCAACCUUUACACCGAACCUCUCCGAAAACGUACGUUUAGCGUACCCUGCGGUUUGUGAGACUGCUACUCCGUCUUGAUCGCAUUUCCCGUUUGUUUGAGCGAAUGAAUCACUACUUUUUGUAACUGAAGGUUCAAAUGAGGGCUAAACCGGAGAAAGGUCAAACAAGGAAAGGUUAAACAAUGGAAGGGUCAAAUGUGGAAGGGUUGAACAGAAGAGGCAAAGCGUAUACACGGAGAGAAAUAUUCAGUAAAAAUUACGGAACGCUCCGUGAAAAAUUCCGUGACAGUUACGUAAA